AUGUCGUCAGGAGAGUCCGUUCCGAUUCUCAAAUACCAGGUGCAUGAUGCGAUGCAGAACAACGACAUGAUAUUGGACCCAAGCUGUAGCGGCAGCGGUAAUCCGCACAGCAACCAGCUGCAGCAUGUUGGGAGCAGCGUGGACUACCUCGGAGCACAGCAGGCAGACGCCCACGACCUGCUACAGUUGCCUGAGUUGCCCGACUUCACACAGCGGCCUAAAACAUUGCUAACCAACGGGUUGUUUCCUGAUAGCAACGAAGGAAUGGACCAGGCUUACUCGAGCUCGACCUUCGACUCGAACUCGCCAUACAGAUAUCAACCGGAAACGGACCGUCACUCCGCGUUCAGCGAAGACCUCUCUCCUCAGCGGCCCUUCUACAGCGUUCAGACUUCAGGCACGCAGAGCAAAAACGCCUCUGUGGCCUUUUUCUCAGACGCCUUGACGGAUGAGCACACCUACAAUGAGCUACCGCUCAAUGAGAUUUUGGAUGACUUCCAGUACGAAGAUGAGGACAACUACAAUACCCUGAAAAUCGACGAGGAGAGUGACGUAGAGGGUCACUCUCUUAACGGCGACUACCCUAUUUCGAGAGCAGAGACUCCUGACAUCCACUACCAAUAUCUAGGUAAAGACAUUAACCGCUCCGAGUCACCGUUUUUGAAAAAGAAAGAGCCAGAGUACGUUACUGAGAUCCCAUCAUUUUAUUCUGCCAAUUUGAAAUAUCCUUAUAAAUCCCCUCUAGAUUAUACCGAUGAAGAGUUCGACAAGAUGAACCAUUUUGAGUUUCUUAAAGAUCUCAAGUUUGAGCCUCCGCCCUUGUUACCCGUUUAUUUGAACUCCAAUUUGUUGAACGAUUCAAACAGCAAAAAUUACAAAACCUUUCCUUACCAGUAUCAGGAGUCUACCGUUCCACAUGUCAACGAGAUUUAUCGAUAUAGAAUAAAUGAUUUGAAUUUGAUGGAUAAAUACAGCGCACACAAGCCUUCUCGGCCACUUUUGAAGCGAUCCGGAAGCUCAAACUCUUCAUGCUCCUCAACCUCGAUACAUCGUAGCAACAAAAAUGGCGGGAAAAUACGUAGCAAGCUAUUGAGAGAAAACAGCAAUAGCAGCACGAAAUCUAACAGCAGACUAAAGCACGCAGAUAAGAUGCAGUUAAUAGAGCGUAAUUUGGUUCCACACCAUGUGAUGCUUAACCAUUUGGUAACAUGCAACUUUAACAAGGAAGGCUACAUCACAAGCUCUUGUAUCACAAGAUACAAGGGGAAGUUUAUAACACAAAUCAUGUAUUUUUCAAAUGAACUCGACCAGCUCUAG